GCUAGUAAAGGGUGCAAAACGUAAAUAAAAACAGAAGCAAAUGGUGGCUCCAGCUAGUAAUCUCCAAAAUAACGCUAAUUCCGACGAAGAUGAGGGCCUGCGGGCGGCGCCCACUUCCAUGCUGGUGCUGGACGCCAAGCGGAAGAGCGCCUUCCUGCCGUAUCGCCCCCAGACCACCGUGCUGACCAACCUGCAGCGCGGCAACACGGAGGCCACCUUCUGUCCCGUCGAAGUUUCGCUCUCCUUCCACGAACGAGCGGGCCAGGGUGAGAUCACCGAGGAGCAGGUGGCAGCGGAACGGGCACGUACUCAGGACAUUGACCACAAGGACAGUCAUGGAUUCACAGCUCUGCAUUGGGCAGCCUCAUACGGGCAGCUGGUUUCCGUGCAGCUCCUCGUCGCUGCAGGCGCCAAUGUGAACACCAUGGCCCCAGAUCUGGUCAGUCCUUUGCUCCUGGCCUCAGCCGGCGGGCACAAUGAGAUCGUCCGUUUUCUGCUGGAUCACGGCGCGGAUUCCGGUCACAUGGACAUCGUUGGGAGCACGGCGCUCAUGUACGCAGCAGCCGGCAAUCAUCCGCACACCUGCAACGAACUGCUGGCCAGGGACCUGGAUCUCAGUGCCACCAACGAGGAUGGGGACACGGCCUACUCUCUGGCCGUGGAUCAUGGCGCUCACCUGGCCCAGGCUCUCCUGGAGCAGUAUAUGACGGCCAUCAUUACGGCGGGAGCAUUUGGUAGCAUUUAAUUGGGGUAGAUUUAAGGUUUUCAUUGGGUUUCUUAUAAUGUCUGCUAAACAAUGGCUCAAGCAAUUGUUUUUAAAUCUAUUAUCCAAGAACUUUUUGUUUUUAUAAAAUCUAGAUGUUUUUAGAUACAAUAUCUCUACGAGAGACUAAUGUUUUACUAGAAACGAUUUUAAGGACAAUUUUUAAUCAUACCCUUGUGAAAUUUGUAAAAGCCUUUUU